AUGAACAAGCACUUGCAGCAACCAGCCAGUAUGGGUACACCUCCCGGGACGCUGCACUCCGAGCAGUUGUCAACUCCCGGAAAGAAUCUCCCCUCUCACGGCCCCACCACUCAGUCGACCUUCAAGACCGACCCCAACUUGCACAGCCAGCAGCAGAGCUCCGAUACCACCGAGGCCAAGAAGCUGCACCACGGAAAUGUCAAGAAGACAGCUGGAUCCCAUCCUCAAAAGUGA